AUGAGAGUCCAGGCGGUGGCGGCGGCCAUGGCAGUCAUUCGGAGGCCUUUCACCUCCGCAUCUCGCGAAUUGGAGAAAAGCAGACGGCGGAGUAGAAAAAAACUCGAGUCCUUCCUCAAGUAUAUAAGGAUUCCCAAAUUCACCUACUUGAGGGAGCUGGAUCAGGAUUUCAGAGACAGUAUCUAUUGCUAUGCAUCCGUCGUCAAAGACUUAACCACACGUGGGAUUACAUUUAAGUUGCGUAAGGCCAUCGACAACAUGACAUACAAGUGCAAAUCGGUGCAAGAUUCUUUGUUUGUUGUUGAUUUCUGGAGGCAGUACAGAGAAGCGUAUAGCCACCAAAUUCAAUACAGGCUUACUCGCAAAUGCUAUGAGACUCUGCUUUAUCAACUGGCGGAUUUUGGGCUGGCCGGCGAAAUGAAGUGCCUCUAUACACAAAUGUUGGAGCUUAGGGUUUCACCUAGAGACCACACAUAUAGUAUCAUGAUUGAUGGGUAUUGUACGUCUGGAUAUGUAGAAGAAGCGAUGCAGUAUGUGUGUAAGAUGAUUAAAGCUGGUAUGGUUCUUGAUGAUCACGCCGGUACAUGUUUCGUCCUUGGUUACUGUAAAAGAAAGGAUUUGGACUCUGCUUUUCAGUUUUUAGACGACGUGCCUUGUAGUAGAAACUUUGAUACCUACAGCUACCUUAUCAAACUUCUUUGUGAUGGUGGCAAGCCAGAUGAAGCUCUGAGCUUGUUUGCGAGGAUGAAAGAUGAUGAUUGCAUCGACCCCACAGCUGAUACGUACAACGUACUCAUCCAAGGGCUUUGUGAGAAGAAUGUGCACAAGGCAAUGAGACUCCUCCCUGACAUGCUAGACCGCCCUUUGUUUCCAAGUCUAGACACGUUCAACAUGUUGAUCGCUGGACAGUGCAGGUCUGGUAAUUUCGAUACCGCGUAUAGACUGCUUGGUUUGAUGGAUUACAUUCCAAACAAAAAUACUCACGGGAGUAUCAUAGACUUCCUGUGUCGAAGUAAGCGUGUGGAAGAAGCACGUGUCCUCUUCGACUCCCUUGCUCUUAGGAAGAGGAAUGAAGCCAUGUACAGUUUUCUGAUUCAUGGUUACUGCAAAGCCGGGAAGAUGGACCAUGCUCGCGUUUUGUUCGAGGAAAUGGAGAGCGACGGUUGCUGCUUCCCUCCGGACUCGUCUACUUUCACUGCCUUGAUACGUGGGUUAUGCGAUGAAGGGGGUUUGGAAGAAGCCUUGUCAAUGGUGGAGAAGAUGGUCGGGAUGGGUCUAGAGCCUACAGUCUGUACACGGACAAUCUUGAUCAGGCAAAUGCUAAAAGAAGGGGGUUUUGAUGAGGCCCGUGCAUGUUUCAACGACAUGCUGUCGUCCGAUGCCAAGCCCGAUGCACAGACUUACAAUGCUUUUGUGGAGGCGUAUUGUAGCGCAGAGAGGGUGCAAGAAGCAGAGGAUAUGAUGGUGAAGAUGAAAGCUGAUGGUGUUCCUCCGGAUGUCGUGACUUACACGUUACUGAUCAAAGCUUAUGGACAUCUAGGGAUGACAUGCUCUGCGUUUCAUGUCCUGAAGCGCAUGUCUGAUGCUUCCUGUGAGCCUUCCCACCAUAUUUUUUUGGCCUUGAUCAAACAUCUCGCAUCAGGUGUUGCGUGGAAGAUGAUGGAGUUUGAUGUCAUUGUCCAGCUUUUCGAGAAAAUGGUACAACAUGGGUGUAACACCCCUGAUGCAGAUUGCUACGAGAAGCUCAUAUUAGGCAUGUGUGAAGUCGGGAACUUGGGGAUAGCACAGAGACUGUUGGAGGAGAUGGAGAAAAGAGGAAUGCCUCUGCCUCCAAGUGAGAUGGUCUCUAAUGCACUUGUUGGCUGUUGCUGCAAGCUGCAAAAGUACGAGGAAGCUGCAAAGGUGGUUGAAAACAUGAUUUGCUGUGGCCAGUCACCGGAGCUAGAGUAUUGCAAGAGGGUGAUUCUCAACCUGUACCGAGGAGGAGCAAAAGAGAGAGGACGAUCAGUUUUCAAGAAGCUGCUUCGGUGUGGCUACUACUUCGAUGAUGAAAUAGCUUGGAAAAUUCUCAUCGAUGGUUUGCUCAAGGAUGAGCAUGUAGACGCAGACGCAUAUUCUGAGAUGUUCCAAGCAAUGCAAGAACACGGCUGCAAAUUCUGCCCUCAAACACAUCAAUCCCUUAUUCAGGGAAAGACUGAUCCUGCUAAGGCAGUCGCACCAUAUACCUCUGACCUUUUUACUUUUGGGACAGAAUUUUACUCCCUUUAG